AUGGAGGGCGGGGAGGCCGGGGCCCCGGCCACCUUCGGCGCCUGGGACUACGGCGUGUUCGCGACCAUGCUGCUGGUGUCCACGGGCAUCGGGCUGUGGGUCGGCCUGGCCCGCGGCGGCCAGCGCAGCGCCGACGACUUCUUCACCGGGGGCCGGCAGCUGGCGGCCGUGCCCGUGGGGCUGUCGCUGGCCGCCAGCUUCAUGUCGGCCGUGCAGGUGCUCGGGGUCCCCGCCGAGGCGGCGCGCUACGGCCUCAAGUUCCUGUGGAUGUGCGCGGGCCAGGUGCUCAACUCGCUGCUCACAGCCUUGCUCUUCCUGCCGAUUUUCUACCGCCUGGGCCUUACCAGCACCUACCAGUACCUAGAACUGCGCUUCAGCCGAACGGUCCGGCUCUGCGGGACGCUGCAGUACUUGGUGGCCACGAUGCUGUACACAGGCAUCGUGAUCUACGCGCCUGCACUCAUCCUGAACCAAGUGACCGGGCUGGACAUCUGGGCAUCGCUCCUGUCCACAGGAAUCAUUUGCACCUUGUACACGACCGUGGGCGGUAUGAAGGCCGUGGUCUGGACAGACGUGUUCCAGGUGGCGGUGAUGCUGCUCGGUUUCUGGGUGAUCCUGGCCCGAGGUGUCAUGCUCGUGGGGGGCCCCAGGAACGUGCUCAGUCUCGCUCAAAACCAUUCCCGGAUCAACCUGAUGGACUUUGACCCUGAUCCUCGGAGCCGCUACACCUUCUGGACGUUUGUAGUGGGCGGCACCCUGGUGUGGCUCUCCAUGUAUGGUGUGAACCAAGCCCAGGUUCAGCGCUACGUGGCCUGCCGCACAGAGAGAAAGGCCAAGCUGGCCCUGCUUAUCAACCAGCUGGGACUCUUCCUGAUUGUGGCCAGCGCAGCUUGCUGUGGUGUCGUCAUGUUCGUCUACUACAAGGACUGUGACCCCCUCCUCACAGGCCGCAUCUCGGCCCCUGACCAGUACAUGCCGCUGCUGGUGUUGGACAUUUUUGAGGAUCUGCCCGGAGUCCCCGGGCUCUUUCUGGCUUGCGCCUACAGUGGCACGCUCAGCACCGCGUCCACCAGCAUCAACGCCAUGGCGGCUGUAACUGUGGAAGACCUCAUCAAGCCGAGAAUGCCCAGCCUCGCACCCCGGAAGCUGGUUUUCAUCUCUAAAGGGCUCUCCUUCAUCUAUGGUUCAGCCUGCCUCACUGUGGCUGCUCUGUCCUCGCUGCUGGGAGGAGGUGUCCUCCAGGGCUCCUUCACCGUGAUGGGUGUCAUCAGUGGGCCGCUGCUGGGCGCCUUCACGCUCGGGAUGCUGCUCCCAGCCUGCAACACACCAGGCGUCCUCUCUGGGCUGGCAGCGGGCUUAGCUGUAUCCCUGUGGGUGGCCGUGGGGGCCACCCUGUACCCGCCUGGAGAGCAGACCAUGGGGGUGCUGCCCACCUCGGCUGCGGGAUGCACCAAUGCCUCCGUCCUCCUGGGCCCACUCGGAGCCGCCAACACUUCCAGAGGGAUCCCCAGUUCUGGCCUGGAUGCGGGCCGCCCUGCCCUUGCGGACACCUUUUACGCCAUCUCCUAUCUCUACUACGGGGCUCUGGGCACGCUGACCACUAUGCUUUGCGGCGCUGUCAUCAGCUACCUAACUGGCCCCACCAAGCGCAGCGCCCUGGGCCCUGGAUUACUGUGGUGGGACCUCGCUCGGCAAACAGCAUCUGUGGCCCCAAAGGAGGAUACUGCCACCCUGGAGGACAGCCUGGUGAAGGGACAGGAAGACAUCCCUGCUGAGCCUAGGAAGCCACCUGGCUUCAGGCCAGGCGCCGAGACCCACCCGCUGUACCCGAGGCCCGACGCCGAGACCGACCUCUGA